AUGACGGCAUCGUUGGUGAAUCUAGACAUCUGCGCGUCGCUCUACGAUCUGGCCAACCUGCCCCGUGGAGUGCCUUGUGAAGAUAAAGUUCUCAUGUGCCGCGUGGAGUGGGUGUGCGCCCCACGGGCCCGGGAAUUCCACGCCGGCCGGGUGUUUAACGUCUGCGGGCGUCUGCUCGACGGGGAUCUUGGGGCCUCCAGCAGCAAUAACAACAAUGAUAAUAACAGUGAUGGUGCUGCUCAUGUGUAUUUCCACGACGAGUGGGCCGCCGCCGCUGCAUUCGUGGAGGCCGGCGAUGUUGUGGUGUUGGAAGGCCUCGUCGUGCAGAAUGCCCCACCAGGCGCCGCAUUUAACUUCUUCGCCACGCCCAUCCCGCAAGUGUCGACGCUGCGAGUUCUGCAGAAUAAUCUCCAGGGGGACAUCAUGGAGGUCAUGGUGCGGGCAGAUGCGCUCGACGUUCCGUCCGUGCGGGUCCUCCCAAAGACGCUGCUUGCUCCUUUUGUGUCAAGUGAUGUAAAUAAAAGAAGUGCUCUUCCUCAGCGGGAUGCCAUCAAAAGAGAGGGCGAGAAAGAUAGAGAAAAGGGGAAGAAUGUAGCAAACCCACACGCUUUAGAUUAA